AAAGAGAUGUGUGAAGUUAGAAUUUUCCCUUUCCGGUGUUUUCCCUUUCCGAAGUAAGAACAAACACGACACGGGGUAACAAAAAGUCAUCAAUCCAUUAUUCCUUCUCUCCUUCCAUCCUCGAAACUUCGAAACCAGCUCUCAUAUAUACUAACUACAUUCUGUGGAACUGAUCUAUAGCACUAACUCUGUUGAUCCACUUUUAUCUCUCUUGUCUUCCCCUUUCCACUCUCUCUCGAAGAGUUUCGGCUUUCAGAUCAGUAUCAACUGUUCCUCUUUAGAUCCCAACCAAGGUGUUUGAUUAGAGGCUUUAUGGACAUGAAUAGUGGGACUAGUGAAUCACUAGACCCAACCUAUUAUGCUGAUGGUGCAAUAAACUACGAGUCGGGUGAUUUUGAAUGCAAUAUCUGCUUUGACUUGGCUCAUGACCCAAUAGUGACACUCUGUGGCCACCUUUACUGUUGGCCAUGUCUCAACCAAUGGCUUCAAGUUCAUUCGCGCUCUCACGAAUGCCCCGUCUGCAAGGCCAUCAUUAAGGAGGAAAGAUUGGUUCCCAUAUAUGAAAGAGGCAAAGCGUCUUCUGACCCUCGGACGCGUUUGGUUCCUCAAAUCCAAAACUAUUCCAGACAAGAGAAUGAGAUAGACUCUGUCGCGAAUUUCAUGCAAAUGCCAAAUGAGAGGCUUGGGAGCUUAACACUGUCUUCUCUUUUUGGGGCCAUUCCUUCCCUUUUAAACCUUCGUGUGAAUGGAUUUCAUGAUGCGACUGUCUAUGGGGCAACAACAGGAGUUCCUUACCUUUUUUCAAGUUCCUUUCACGGAGGCUAUUCUCAUGGGUUUUAUUAUCAUGGAGCACCUCUGGACGGGACAAAGUUUUUCUUGAAAAUAUUCCUAUACUUUGCUGGUUUUCUGGUAAUUUUCUGUUUGUUUUUAUAGGUUAUCAUUCUUCAAGUUUAGAAUGUGGAAUCAAAUAAUUAUGUAGUUGUAUAUAUAAGCAAGCGUAAGUUUUGUUGUAUAACUAUGUAAUUGAAGGGUGUCAUACUUUCAUUUAUUGUUAGCUGCUCGUUUUUGUCGAAUAGAGUCUUAGAUAAGCUAUGCGAGUGUGUGAUUAAUUAUGUGUUGGGUGCUUGGGUAAUCUUCCUCAAAUUAUAUCUUACAAUUAAUUGGCUAUAUUAUGUGCAUGGUACAAUCGGGUUUUUAUUGCCGAUGUGUGCUCAGCAGUCAGCACUGAUGACCAAGACGAAUGCCUUGCUGCUCACACCCAGACGGAUGCCUCGCAGCUCACAUCCAAACGGAUGUAUGCCUCAUCACUUGCACUGAGACGGAUGCCUCUCACACGGUCACACCCAUGAUGAUAUCAGACUUGUCGUUGGCGAGUAAUUUUAUGGAGCCACUAGUAUUGAACCUGUGCGAUGCACGGGAUAAUAAUGUUUUUGUGUUGUUAUGGUUAUUAGUUAUUUAAAUAUGUUUCUGAUAAUGUAUUAAUGUGAAUAAAAGUGUAAGUAACAAAAUAUACAAAUGACCAAAUUAAAUCAAAUACUAAUUUUUUGAUUUGUACAAA